AUGCGUCCUUGCUGUGCGGCGGAAGGCAUGAUCGAUCGCUCAUCCCAAAUUCCGUCGGGGCGUCAUCGUAAACACGUACCUAGUGCUAUCCUGACACCGUACAGAUCUGCGACUGCACGAUUCCCCAACACUACAAGCUGCACUGGCCCUGCAGCCCUCAGUCUUCAUUUCACACCGCAAUCUGAUCUCACAAAGCUAUGGAAAGCAUGGGGAAUUACACAUUUGGUCUUUGAAAAAGAUACAGACGCGUAUGCGAAGCACCGCGACGAGCAAAUCAUCAAACUUGUAGAAAAUGCUGGGACCGAGAUUUUAGUCAGCAAUGGGAGGCCUCUCUUCAAUCCAGAUUAUAUUGUGAGAAAAAACAACGGGGAGCCGACAUUAAGCAUAAACAAGUUGCUCAAGGCUUCGGAAAAUAUGGACAGUGAUAUUCCAGACAAACCACUUGGUACACCGGAAUCUGUGCCCGACCCUUGGGAAGAUGCGAAAAUGAAUCUAGACAGCCUGGAACAUAAUAUGCCCGAAUAUGGCUACAAUCUGCUGCUAGGUCAGCUUUUGUUCGGGGAAAUGUUUUUUAGUGCUCAAGCCGCCUUGGGACACACGUCUUCGCAGACAUUUGGAAACAAGAUCGCCCAUUCAUUCCAUGGCGGCUGCAAUCUACUCAUUCAGAGUCAUCAAACGGAAAGUUCAUUCGAGAUAACACGUAUGCCGUCGAUUCAGAAGAAGCCGCAGCAUGGUUUCGUCAAUGGAGUGUGUUUCUUGACUCGUGGAGGCUGUUACGUUAGUUGGGAGCAAGGUGUGGAAGUGUUUCAGGAAUGGCUAAUUGAUCAUGAAGAAGCAUCCAAUGUUGGCAAUUGGAUGUGGCUGUCAUGUACAGCCUUCUUUAGCCAAUACUACCGAUGCUAUUCACCGAUAGCCUUUGGUAGAAGGUGGGAUCCGAAUGGUGAUUUCGUUCGCCGAUACUGUCCAGAGCUGAAGGAUUACGACAAGAAAUACAUAUACGAACCAUGGCGUGCUCCAAUAAAAGAUCAAAAAAACAUGGGGAUGCCGUGUUACAGACGAUGGGACAUAUGA